GGGACCUAGCGCCGUCCAUCAUGGCUCCAUCCAUGGUUCUCUCUCCUCUUAUCGAGCCAUACUACUCCAAGAGUAUUGAGCGGAAGUACCAGCUUAGAUUUGGAACAGGCCGUUUUCGGCAUGAAGCUCCUCAACCCCGUGGGGCAAAAAUCGAAUAUCUCCCUAAUUGGAACGAAUUCAUAGCUCGGCGUGCAAGACGACUUCUUGCUGGUGGUGUUGAAGCGGAGGUACCCGAAGGAUGGCCUGCCCGGUUGAGCGGGCGUAUGGCGUGGAAGGGGCAAGAUUUCGACGGCGAAGACGAAUUUGCGUAUCGUCUCUCUGAGCAAGAGAAGGUAGAGAUCGACGAAGCCCUGAAGCAUUUCAAGGAUCAAGAGCUUGAUGGAGAUGAAGUCUCCCAAAAAAACUUUCCGCUGCCCACCUUCGCUCCUCACCUUGCCCGCAUCUGUGAAGAGAUCUACACUGGGCGCGGCGCCAUGACCAUCCGAGGCCUGGAUGUGAAUAAGUAUACGCCAGCAGACCUGGUGGUGGUAUUCUUGGGCAUCUCCAGCUACAUUGCGGAGAAACGCGGGUUGCAAGAUAGGGACUGCAACAUGAUCAAGCACAUCAUUGAUACGGAGAAGGAGGAGUCGCAAGUUGAACUGCCCCUUCAUACCGACGUGACAUGCGACGUGUUAGCGACUCUGACCCAAAAGUGCUCCACUCGGGGCGGGGAAGGGACCAUUGCGUCAUCAUGGACCAUCUACAACGAGCUUGCUGCCACAAGGCCCGACCUGAUUCAUGUCCUGGCGAAGCCUGAUUGGCCUCACGACACGUUUGGCCGUAACCCGCCGUACUACAAUCGCGCACUGCUCUACCACGCCGAUGGCAAAGUGAUCCUGAAUUUCUCUCGUCGCCUCUUAACCGGCCACACCACACUUGAGCCACGCUCGCCGAACAUCCCGAACUUGACUGAGGCGCAAGCCGAGGCUCUAGAUGCCGUUCACUUCAUCGCAGUCGAGAAACAGAAGAAACUGCCGAUGGAAGAAGGUGACAUCCGCUUCAUCAACAACAUGGGACUGGUCCAUGGCAGGGACGCGUUCUUCGACCACGACGGCUCAGAACUGAGCAAAAGACAUCUGCUUCGCUUGUGGUUGCACAACGAAGAGAAAAUAUGGAAGUUACCACCGGCGUUGCAGCUCAUUUGGGAUCGGGUAUUUGCAGACGACGAAAGGGUCGGGAGAUGGGAACCCGAGCCACCAACACCUGAACCUCGACCCGAUGGCCCCGGCCCGAGGUCUCCCUCGCCUUGUGACUAGAAUAAGUUGACUGAAGGUAGCUGAAAAGGGCCCUACGAGGGUAGACAGUGUUGGAGGUGCUCGUCGAAUCUGCUCAGUUACAUGGAUUUCGAGAUGGAGGGCUGCGGCAGGUUUCUCAUAAACCAAAU